GCUGGAGCUCGGGACGAGUUCUAUCGGGUAAAGCCAAUGAUUAGAGGCAUCGGGGGCGCAACGCCCUCGACCUAUUCUCAAACUUUAAAUAGGUAGGACGGCGCGGCUGCUUCGUUGAGCCGCGCCACGGAAUCGAGAGCUCCAAGUGGGCCAUUUUUGGUAAGCAGAACUGGCGAUGCGGGAUGAACCGGAAGCCGGGUUACGGUGCCCAACUGCGCGCUAACCUAGAACCCACAAAGGGUGUUGGUCGAUUAAGACAGCAGGACGGUGGUCAUGGAAGUCGAAAUCCGCUAAGGAGUGUGUAACAACUCACCUGCCGAAUCAACUAGCCCCGAAAAUGGAUGGCGCUUAAGCGCGCGACCUAUACCCGGCCGUCGGGGCAAGAGCCAGGCCCCGAUGAGUAGGAGGGCGCGGCGGUCGCUGCAAAACCCGGGGCGCGAGCCCGGGCGGAGCGGCCGUCGGUGCAGAUCUUGGUGGUAGUAGCAAAUAUUCAAAUGAGAACUUUGAAGGCCGAAGAGGGGAAAGGUUCCAUGUGAACGGCACUUGCACAUUAGAGACGUGGGACGAUUUCAAGAGAGAAUUGAAGAGGCAAUUCUAUCCCGUGAAUGCUGCUCAUGAGGCACGAGCAAGGUUAAGGAGGCUUACUCAACGAGGGACGAUUCGAGAUUAUGUGAAGGAAUUCACCGAGGUAAUUCUCGAAAUCCCUGGCUAUCCCGAUAGUGAAGCACUCUUUGCUUUUAUGGAUGGGUUACAACAUUGGGCAAGGCUUGAGAUUGAAAGGCGUGGAGCCCAAGAUCUUGCCACUGCCAUCUCUAUUGCCGAGUCCUUGACUGAAUAUCAGAAAGGGGACAAAGGCAAGGGAGUAGAGCAAGUAAAGGCCAAGAGUAGUGGCGAUGUCCAUGAAAGCAAGGAGGGGAGUGCUAAACCGUGGAGAUCCAAGGAAGGAUUCACCAAGGGAUGGAGGAAGCCCGAAGGUGAAAGGGAGAAGCCUCUACAGAAGUGCUUCUUGUGCGAUGGACCGCAUAUGGUGAGGGAGUGUCCAAAGCGCAAGGUCUUGUCUUCCUUGGUGGAAGAAAAGGAAGCAAGCAAGCAGCAAGGGGAGAAUAUGUGCGUAGGUGCCUUACAACUAGCUGCCAUCGAUGUCAAGCCAAAGGAGGUGGCAAGUGAGCGCAAAGGACGCUUGUUUGCGCCAAUGGAGGUAAAGGGGCAGUCCAUUCAUGCUUUGGUGGACACCGGGGCUUCACACAACUUCAUGAAGCUCGAUGUGGCGAAGAAGCUUGGAGUUCCUUUUCAAGGUGAUAAGGGUUGGUUGAAGGUUGUCAACUCUUUUCCAACCCCAACAUAUGGAGUUGCAAGGAAUGUCCAAGUAAAGAUAGGUGAGUGGACUGGAACUUUGGACUUCUACAUUAUCAAUUUGGAUGACCACUCUUGUGUGCUAGGGAUGGAUUUUAUGGAUAAGGUGAAGGCAGUUCUUCUCCCCUAUGCCAAUGAUAUGUGCUUAGCUGAUGGGAGUACCUUGAAGGCCAUAAACUUGGCAAGAGGGAAGGGUGCCACUAGCACACUUUCUAGUUUACAAGUAGUAAGUCCAAAGGAGCUGCCCAAGGAGUCAUUGCCACCGAGGAAAAGCGAAGGGCAUGAUGACAAGAAGAAGAGAGUAAGGAUGACUGUCGACGCGAUGGGUCCAAAGUCUUCCUUGUUGAGGCGCAUCAAGGAGGCAACGAUGCGUGAUGGGCAAGCCAAACAAUUGGUGAGGUUGGCUCGCGACGGUGUAACAAGGAAGUUCGUGGUCGAUAAUGGGCUCGUUAAGACGAGGCGUGGCGGCAUCUUUGUGCCUAAAUGGGGCAAGUUGCGGGAGGAGGUCAUGAGGUGGUAUCAUGACUUCAUGAUUCGUGGCCGUCCAAGUGUGAGGAAAAUGAUGGCAAUGCUUGGACGAGAGUUCUUUUGGCAUCACAUGGGGGUGGAUGUCAAAUGGUUUGUGAGGACUUGUGUGGAGAAUCAUAGAGUGGAUGGUGAUUCUCCAAGGGAGGUAAAGUCUAAGGGACGUUCUCCAUCUGCACCAGGGGAGAGGAGACCGUGGAGGUCGAAGGUGCGACUUCGGGGAGACGCGACGAGGGCGUCGCGAGAAUAGCUGGGGGAGAAUGUCACGACUCUUCCCAUGCCUCCCUAAAAUCCAAAGAGUUUUGUGAAGGAAGAAUGGUGGGACAGCCCUAUGGAGUGCCAAGGGGCGACUGGUGGCAGCAGCUGCGGGGCAGGCAGUUGACUGGCCAACGGGCAGUUGGCAGAUUCGUGGUUGGCCAACGGAGCGUGGUUGGCCAGCGGGCGUGGUUGGCCAGCGACCGUGGUUGGCCUACGGAUACGGUUGGCCUACGGAAGACCGGUUGGCCUACGGAUACGGUUGGCCUACGGAGCUGGUUGGCCUACGGAUACGGUUGGCCUACGGAAGACUGGUUGGCCUACGGAUCCAUGCCAGGCGAGGUCCAAUUGGCGGAACGGGCUGGAAGACGCGCGCAGCUUCCAGAAGCAGCUGGGGCGCGCGGGAAGCUGCCAGGAUGUUCUGGUUGGCCAACGAAAAUUCCAGGGGAGUCUGGUUGGCCUACGAAAAUUCCAGAAGGCACCAGAACGGGCCAGUAGCGCCCAGAACGGGCCAGUAGCGCCCAGAAUUGGCCAGAAUUGGCCAAAACAGCCCAGAACCUUCCAGAAACUGGUUGGCCAGCAGAUUCAACCCAGCCAAGUGGGUCCCACAGGCAACUCAGCCACCAUGUCCAGAAUUCUCUGCAGGGUGAGAAAUUACCAAAAAGUCCCUGAAAGUUCUAGAGAGUGAAUCUUAGCCACACAUUGGAGAAUGCAUCUCCACCACACAUUAAGGAGGUGGGAUGCCUAUAAAUAGCCACUUAGGCAAUUCAUUUGGACAUAGAAGUGAGCAGGUGAGCAAAGUGUGAUACCAAAGAGUGUACAAAACCUUGUAAAGCUUUCUUUGAGCAAUACAAAUUUCUUCCUUCCAUCAUCA